GGUGCGAGCGAGACGUGUGUCACGCUGCCAUCGUGCAUACUGUGCGUUCGCAAAUUAUUCAACAACAUUAUAGAUUAUAGGAAAUUUCUCAGACUUGAUUUCUCGAAACUCUAAAAGUUUGUAUUACUUCGUGUAUUAGCAAGUCAUAUUCCGUAGUAUUUGCCUUUUUAAGUUGUGGACAAAGCCAAAAUAUAAACAAAGUGUUUGUUUUUGUGUACAUUUUGAAGAUUCAAUAGCAGAUUUUCAAUAUUAUCUGGUGCAUAGUAUGCUAUAUACUUUGGGCGAAACAGUGCAGUUUCUGAACGGUUAUGGUGCGGCUGUCGACUUCAGAACUGUUGUAACGAGCUGACGCCCAGAAGAUGUGGCGAGGUGCGUCCAGAAUCUCUUGACGAAAACCUCACUGUGAAGCUACUGGCCGAGGAGAAAAAGGAAAAAGUUAGUCAAGGCACUCGGCGCCUCCGUAGCUUAUCGCGACCGCCUCAAUACUCAGAGUGCCGUAGCGCCGCCAGUACCGGAGUGUCCGUCGCGACAGCCGGUCACCGAUCGAGCUGCGAAAGAAAAAGUGUAAACAUUUCGCGCCAGUGUUCGCCGAUAAAAGUGAAUGUUGUGGAAACAUUACCGUUGCUUUUGAAAUUUGAAUAUCGAAUGUGGUUGUUUUGUUUUUGAUCAUGCGCGCUGUUCUGUGGUGCGGCGUGUGCGCGCUGGGAUGGCUGUCUCUGGUUGGCUGCCACUCGGCCGGGAGCGAGCUGGAGUCGGUCCGGUACGGUCCCGCCGAGGACCGCUUCCCCGGGGACUCCUUCGUGUUCGCCGCCAUCAACGUGACCUACGAGGAUGAGCAUGGGGAGAUAUACUCUGAUGUCUCUGAGUCCGGCAAAUACGGCGAGGGCUACAUCGGCAGCGCGCGGGGGGUGGCCGUGCACGUGCGCGCGCGGGGGCCGGGCGGCGCGCGCGACCACUCCGGCUGCACGUGGCCGCUGCUGUCCGUGGCAGCCCCCGAGCAGCCGCUGCCCAGCGAGCCCUGGGUGGCGGUGAUAAGGAGAGGCAGCUGCAACUUCGAGAUUAAGGUGCAAAAUGCGUGGCGCGCGAAUGCGUCGGCCGUGCUCAUCUACAACGACCGGGACACCACCGGCCUGGAGAAGAUGAAGCUGUCCACCGACAAUGGACGUAACAUCAGCGCCAUCUUCACGUACAAGUGGAAGGGCGAGGAGAUCGCGCGCCUCAUCGACAACGGCACUCGCGUCACCGUGGGGAUCGUGCGCGGCCGCACCUCGCCCAUACACAUCAAUAAUAUUAACAAGACGUCGGUGCUGUUCGUGUCGAUAUCGUUCAUCGUGCUGAUGGUGAUCUCGCUGGCGUGGCUCGUGUUUUACUACAUACAGCGCUUCCGGUACAUACACGCCAAGGACCGCCUCUCUAAAAGGCUGUGCUGUGCCGCCAAGAAGGCACUCUCAAAAAUUCCCGUGAAGAGUUUAAAGACUGAAGACAGAGAAGUGCAAGGAGACGGCGAGUGCUGCGCCAUCUGCAUAGAGCCUUACAAAGUGUCGGAGACUUUGAGAUCUCUGCCUUGCAGGCACGAGUUCCACAAGAGCUGCAUCGACCCGUGGCUGCUGGAGCACCGGACGUGUCCCAUGUGCAAGAUGGACAUACUCAAGUACUACGGCUUUGUCUUCACGGGCAGCCAGGAGAGCAUCCUACAACUGGAGGUGGAGGAGGCCCGGGGCCGCACGCUCAGCCCCGCGCGCCGCCCGCCGCUCACGCUGUUGACGAGCGACAACUCGUACUCGGAGGCUGCCAGCGAGCGCUCCUCUCGCGCCUCCUCGCCCGACGAGCUGGUGCCCGCGCUGCAUGACGCACGGGGACACCGGUCCCGCGCGUCCACGCCGGGAAGCGAACCCCGGCCCGAGUCGUCGCGAGACACCGCGUCGGUGGCCUCCGCGCCCGCCGCCUCGGACUGAGCCCGGCGCGCCGCGGGGCCGCAUUGCUCUAGAUUGAACCUACAGCCAGUAGCUUCAUGAAUCUGGCUGCUGGAUCCAGGCAUUGGCUAAGUCAUGCCGUUAUGCUGUGAGAGUCAAUUUGCAGCAAUAGCCAGCCCGUCGUGCCAAAAAGAACUCACCCCAUUGGCUAGUUUGCGAACAGCCCCCGAUCCCCGCGUGUGAUUGGCGAGACAGUGAUGUGUUCAGAUAAAUGUGUUUCUUAAAAAAAAUACUCAAAAAUUAUCGAAAAAAAAACUUCCAGUGAAAGUGUGUCGGUGGAUGACAAGUGAUAUUUUUUAUAGAGCUCUAAGUACUUAGUCGUAAGUGUAGCGUAGUGCAUUGUGACCCCGCCUAGUCACCGAAAGUUUGACCAACAGAUUUGUCUAAAGUUAUUCGUCAAUUCAAGGUAAAAUAUUGUACUUAAAAUGUGCUAACUCGGCUGGCCCAUGAUCUCAUUAUGUUAAACUUUAAUUCGUUUAAAGAUACAAGCCUCAGUUAUCUGUUGUAGUUCGCUCAAUGCUGGUAUAAUAUUUUUUUAUAGAAAGUGGCCCCAACAUCCGGUUAUAUAAAUAUAUAUAUCCGUCCAUAGUGUAAGUGACUUCAGAUCCUACUAAUAUUGUUAAAAUACUAUAAUUAUGUUAGCAAUAUACCCCGUGCCAACAUAAUAACUAAACAUGAAUAACUGGUAUAUUUUAUCUGAUAAGUUCUUACUGAAUACGACUUGUAUGUUACAUUAGAAGUAUUUGUUUAAGAUGGACAAUCAAUUGAGUACUUGUGUGUAUAAAGCUGGCAAAUGUCUCUAAAAUCCUAUUAUAUAAUGUACAAUAAAUAAAUAAUGUAUCGUAUUUACAUUUGCAACAAUUCUUUAGAUUGAUUGAAAAGUUUAUUUUCAUGUGAUCAGCACACAUUGAUACAUGAAGGAUAAUUUACUUUCAGUAUUUUGGAAAUGAGGCAAAUUGCGUCUACGGUACAUAUUUUCUGUUAUAUCUUAAAAACCCUUUGUCUUUUUCAUUAAUUUAUGUAUGAUGUAAAUCUGAACGUCGACUGAUAGAAUGAAACCUGGUUCUGAAAUAAUAAUCGUUAAAUCUUAUACCUCUAAUAGUCAAUCUAUGCAAUGUUUUGGGUGCUUACCCACCAGAGAUGUGCUUUGCUGCGAUGCUAUACUUGCUAUUGUAUGCGUUUGAGAUCCACCAAUCAUAUUAGUCAACAUAUGUAGCAAUAGUGGAAAAGGAUUUCUUUCACAUCAUCGCAGCAUGGUCAGCUGCAUAUCACAUCUCUGGUGGACCAGCACCCUCACUGUUUUCAGAAUAGGAUAUGCAUGAAGUUAA